UGCUCUGCGGUAUUUACUGCAGAGGUACAAGGCGAACUGAUCUUUCUGUCAAUUGUAAACAUCUUUCUGUCGAUUACAGCAGUUCUUGGAAACACUCUGAUCCUAGUUGCUUUACACAAAGAAACUUCACUUAACCCGCCGUCCAAACUCCUGUAUCGUAGCCUCGCCGUAACUGAUUUCUGUGUUGGUACCAUUGCAGAGCCUCUACAUGUUUCCUAUUGGAUUUCUGUGGUGACGGGAAAAUGGGAUAUUUGUUAUCUGGCUCAUUUGAUAGUUACUUUGGCAGCUUAUACCUUUUGUGGAGUGUGUUUAAUAACACUGACUGCAAUAAGUGUGGACAGACUUCUCGCCUUGCUACUGGGGCUCAGAUACAGACAAGUUGUAACUGUGAAAAAGACAUACAUAGCUAUAUACUUGCCUUCUGGAUUGUUUCUGUUGUUGGCGUACCAGCUUUUACAGCUAUACGAGAGUAUGUUCACUACAUAGGUACAUACUCAAAAAUUUUCUUCCGUCUGCGUCUUAACCAAAUUCAUCGGAUCCACCCCUUACAAGGAGAAAGUCAAGCAAUUCAAAUGAACACAGCUCGAUACAGAAAGGCAGUGUACAGUGCCCUGUGGUUGCAGGCAGCAUUCGUCGUUUGUUAUCUGCCACUUAUCAUAGCGAUAGCUUUAAUACAUCAAAGAGGGAUGCAUUUAUCCUCUUACCUUGCUUGGCAAUUUACAAGUACUUUAGUUUAUGUAAACUCAUCACUGAACCCCUUUAUUUAUUGCUGGAAGAUCAGAGAAGUGAAAUUAGCUGUAAAAGAAACAUUAAGGCGACUCGUCCGUUGA